AUGGCGGUAUCGCUGGUGAAAGUUGCUGGCAAGUUGACCGUCGGGGGUUUUGCAUUAUAUGGCUUAUCAGAAGUCUUGAGUUCACAAGAAAACACCAUCAAGCAAUUAUCCGUGUUGGACAGUAAAACUCGCGAAAAUAUUCCUUUUUCUUUGCCAGAGGUAAGUAAGAAGCUUAGGCCUCGUUCAGACACCGAACUUUUCACGAGCCGAACCUAGUACAUUGAGUACAUGAAAAGUUCGGCGUCUGAAUCAAUUAGGAACGCCUGUUUCAAUUUGGAACGGCUCAGCCGUUCUUUUCACCUAGCCCGGGAAUUUCGCCUUUGGAGCGACUUUGGAACGGCUCUGAUUCAGACGCCGAACUUUUCACGUACCGAACCUAAUGCAUAAAUUAUUACAGCGUAUUUUGUAAGCAGUUUGACCGAACUGAUUUUUUUUGCCCUUUUGAACUUAGUUCAGCUGCAAUUAAGGUUUGCGUCUGAAUAAAUUCAGCCAGUCUUAAUAAUCUGGGUCGGCCUUAAUUCGAAUUAGGUUCGGCUCAGGUAAAGUUCAGCGUCUGAACCGGGCCUUAGAGCUUAAAUACAGUAAACUGGCUCCAUAGGUCCACACGGAUCAUGUCAGCAGAAAAAUGGGAAAUUUGAAUUCCCAACGUUUAUUGAAUGUGCAUCAAAUGGGUCCAUUUCAUGCAGUAUGUCACUUGACUCACUUGACUUAGUAGUGAAUUUGAGUGAGAAGGUUCACUCUGAGGAAACAAACUGGCAUUUCUAGAACUGUGGUGUAAAACUCAUAAUAGUAAACACUACUACAGGUGACUAAAUUCAUGACUCACCUUACAUAGAUUUGCACAAUAUUUUAGUGAUAGUAAAAUGCCCUUAUGUUUUAGAAAUAGAAUGAUCGGAAGGGAUAAUAACUAAAAGACAUAGUCUAGAAUUUUUGUUUUUUCUAUAAUCACAACUGUUUUCUCCCUUCAAUCUCCCUCCUGGGAUUUGGUGUUUACAUGAAAGUCAGGGCAGAAUUUUUACAGGACAAUAUACCAGGCCCUGGUUGUUCAAAUGCUAGAUAGCACUAUCUACUGGAUAAAUCACCAUCCUUUGAAAGAUAUCAAUCUCAUGCAUGAGAGCAAUUUUUCACACCUGACUCACAAAUAUGGACAAAUUGUUCUUUAACACAUAAUUAUCAGCAAAAAUUCAAAAUUUCCACGAAAGUAUUCCUAAAAGGCAUUGAAUGAUGAAUUUGUGUCCUAACACAAUCAAAACAUGCUUAAGAAGUUGUUAAAUAGGCUUCAGAAGUGUUCAACGGUCGUCAGAACAUCUUCGGACGUGUUCGGCAACUUUCAGAAGUUUUUGGAAAAUUGUUGGAAAUCCUUGGAAGUUGCUGGGGCAUUUUCAAAAAUCAUGGCCAUGACAGGGCUAAAAUCUCAUGCAUUUGACUGCAAAAAAGUUGGCAGGUAUAGGAAUGUACGUAGAAAUCAUUUAUUGACUGGUUUCAAAAUGUGUGCUUUUUGAAUUUCAGAUGCCUACUCAAACAAAACUAAGACAUUCUUGGAACAGUGGAGUACAGAAGGCAUUCAGUGAACUGGAUCAAGCACCACAGGCUAUGUGGGAUCUGGGAGCAAGAGGAGCUAACAGUGCUAAAGACUUUAUCAAAGAACAAAUGAAAUGA